AUGAAAUUUUCAAUAUUUCAAAAUUCAAUUUCAGCAUUAAUUCCAAAACUAGUGAAUGUUCAAAAGUUAAAAGAACUGCUGAUUAUUGUAUUAAAACUUAUAACAACAACGUGGCUGAAAUCCCAUUUCAGGGCUUCUUCACUUAUAAUCAAGAAAACUUCGAAGUCUUUAUCCACAGCAACUCAUUUGCAUCACCACUCUACCAUGUCGAAUCCGAUCGACCCAAAUGUUGAUCCAUAUGGCUAUAUGGGCAUGGUUAGAAAUCCCGACGGGUCUAUCACACGUAUAUUUGAAAUUUCUACCACCACUCCUGCUUGUUCUAAUCCGAGUGAUUCAAGUCCAGUCCUAACUAAGGACAUCCCUGUUAACGAAUCAAACAAAACUUGGGUUCGUAUAUUCCUUCCCCGUAAAGUAUUUGAUUCUGACCAAGUCGAGAAACUACCGGUUAUAGUGUACUACCACGGUGGCGGGUUGGUUCUGCUCAGUGCAGCCACUACCGUGUUCCAUGAAUUUUGUUGCAAAGCGGCGAUUGAAAUACCAGCAGUGAUAGUGUCGAUGGAGUAUCGUCUUGCCCCAGAACACCGCCUUCCGGCAGCCUAUGAAGACUGCAUGGAAGCCUUGCAGUGGUUCAAAACCACCAGUGAUGAGUGGCUAACAAAAUAUGCUGAUUUCUCAAAGUGUUAUCUCAUGGGAUGUAGUGCCGGUGGGAACAUAGCCUAUCAUACUGGCUUACGUGCGGUUGGAUGUGUUGAUGAUCUCAAUCCUGUGAAGAUCAAAGGGUUGAUAUUGCAACAACCAUUCUUUGGUGGGAAAGAGAGGACUUCGUCAGAAUUAAGGUUAAUCAAUGAUAAGGUGAUUCCACCUUGUGCGACUGACAUAAUGUGGGAACUUGCUUUGCCAGUAGGCGUUGACCGUGAUCACGGGUAUUGUAAUCCAAUGGUGGGAAUGAAAUCGGAGGUUUUGGAACAAAUCAAGGAGCAGGGAUGGAAGAUCUUGAUCACGGGGAGUGAGGGGGAUCCCAUGAUCGAUCGUCAAAUUGAGCUCGCCAAGGAUGAGAAGCGGUUAAGAGAUGGUGCCCUUGUUGUCACAGAAAAUGGUGCCAUUCCCGCUCUGCCUACAAAACAAGCAGUCCAACAAAUAAUAGCAGAAGCCGCUGCAUAA